CCAAUUUUUCAAAUCAAUGUGAGGAGGAGUUUCUCGUAGACUAAGCGACUAGGGAUGCUGCGUCAUAAUCUGAAUGCUUAUUACUACAUGCGCGUUUGAACAAGGGGGUGAAAACCUACGAACAGUAAUAAUACCGGGUAAAAGAAGAUGGACAUCAGAGACCAAGGCGCUCAAAUGGAGCCGCUUCUUCCCACGGUAAUUGAACCUGGAAGCAGAGGCGUGAGGAGCGAUGAGGAGGCCGUGGUGGACCAAGGAGGGGCCCGGUCCAUCAUGAAGACCAACUUUGAGAAGGAGGAGCUUGAAGGCCACCGGACUCUCUACAUCGGCGUGCACGUGCCGCUGGGCCGCAAGACCCACCGGAGGCACCGGCACCACGGCCACCGGCACCGGAGGAGGAGCCGCGAGAGGGACAGCGGGGUGGACGACGGCCGGGAGUCGCCCUCCUACAACACCCCGUCUCAGAGAGUGCAGUUCCUUCUGGGCACAGAGGACGACGACGAGGAGCACAUCCCCCACGACCUCUUCACGCAGCUGGACGAGAUCUGCUGGCGGGACGGCGAGGAGGCCGAGUGGAGAGAGACGGCCAGGUGGCUGAAGUUUGAGGAGGAUGUGGAGGACGGCGGGGAGAGAUGGAGUAAGCCGUACGUGGCCACUCUCUCUCUGCACAGCCUGUUCGAGCUGCGCUCCUGCAUCCUCAACGGCACCGUGCUGCUGGACAUGAGGGCCACCACGCUGGACGAGAUCGCAGAAAUGAUCUUGGACCACCAGGAGGCCGCCGUUCCUCUGGGAGACGACAUCCGUCGGAAGGUCCGUGAGGCGCUCCUCAAGCAGCACCACCACCAGAACCAUAAGAAGCUGGCCAACCGCAUCCCCAUCGUGCGCUCCUUCGCAGACAUCGGCAAGAAGCAGUCCGAGGCCCACAACAUGGACAAAAACGGUCAGAUGAUCUCUCCUCAGACGCUCCCCACGGCCCCAGAGGGGAAGAGUGAGGUGAGCCGGGAGAACAGCGCUGUGGACUUCAGCAAGAUAGACCUACAUUUCAUGAAGAAGAUCCCGCCGGGGGCCGAGGCCGCCAACAUCCUGGUGGGAGAGCUGGACUUCCUGGAUAAGCCGGUGGUGGCGUUUGUGCGCCUCUCCCCCGCGGUGAUGCUGAAUGGCAUCGCAGAGGUCCCCAUCACAUCCAGAUUCCUUUUCAUUUUAUUGGGGCCAGUGGGGAAAGGCCAGCAGUACCAUGAGAUCGGUCGAUCCAUUGGAGUUUUGAUGACCGAUGAGGUCUUUCAUGACGUGGCGUACAAAGCAAAGGACCGCAAGGACAUUGUGGAUGGAAUUGAUGAAUUCCUCGACCAAGUAACAGUUCUGCCACCAGGAGAGUGGGAUCCAUCCAUCAGAAUAGAGCCUCCCAAAAAUGUCCCUUCCCAGGAGAAGCGGAGGAUCCCUGGAGUACCCAACGGCACCACCGACAUGGGAGAAGCUGCAGAGCAUGGGGGACACGGUGGCCCAGAAUUGCAGCGCACAGGGAGGCUCUUUGGAGGAUUCAUCUUGGACAUCAAGCGCAAGGCGCCGUUCUACUUGUCAGACUACACGGACGCCGUGAGCCUGCAGUGCAUGGCGUCCUUCCUCUUCCUCUACUGUGCCUGCAUGUCGCCCGUCAUCACGUUCGGGGGCCUGCUGGGCGAGGCCACCGAGGGUCGCAUAAGUGCAAUUGAAUCUCUGUUCGGGGCCUCAAUGACGGGCAUCGCGUAUUCCCUGUUUGCUGGGCAGCCGCUCACUAUCCUGGGCAGCACUGGGCCUGUGUUGGUGUUUGAGAAGAUUUUGUACAAAUUCUGCAAAGAGUACGGCCUAUCCUACCUCUCCUUACGGACCUGCAUCGGGCUGUGGACGGCGUUCUUCUGCCUGCUGCUGGUGGCCACGGACGCCAGCUCGCUGGUGUGCUACAUCACGCGCUUCACAGAGGAGGCCUUCGCCGCCCUCAUCUGCAUCAUCUUCAUCUACGAGGCCUUGGAGAAGCUCAUCCACCUGGGCGUGCACUACCCCAUCAACAAGAACAACGACCUGGAGAAGCUCACGCAGUACUCAUGCGCCUGCAUCGAGCCUCAGGAUCCGAACAACGCCACCCUGCAGUACUGGGACGAGAACAACAUCACGGCCUCCGAGAUCUACUGGGAGGCCCUGGAGGUCAAGGAGUGCAUAGAGAAGCGCGGUGUGUUUGUGGGGAAGGCCUGUGGCCCUCACGGCCCCUACAUCCCUGACGUCCUCUUCUGGUCCGUGGUGCUCUUCUUCUCCACCGUCGCCAUGUCUGCGUUCCUCAAGGACUUCAAGACCAGCCGCUACUUCCCAACCAAGGUGAGGUCAAUCAUCAGUGACUUUGCUGUGUUCAUCACCAUCCUCACCAUGGUGUUUGUGGACUAUGCCUUGGGGGUCCCGUCACCCAAGCUGCAAGUCCCCAGUGUGUUCAAGCCAACCAGAGAUGAUCGUGGUUGGUGGAUCAGCCCUCUGGGACCCAACCCCUGGUGGACCAUCAUCAUCACCUGCAUCCCCGCCCUUCUAUGCACCAUCCUCAUCUUCAUGGACCAGCAGAUCACUGCUGUCAUCAUCAACAGGAAGGAACACAAGCUGAAGAAAGGCUGCGGGUACCACCUGGACCUGUUUGUGGUGGGCGUGAUGCUGGGCGUGUGCUCGGUGAUGGGGUUGCCGUGGUUCGUGGCGGCCACCGUGCUCUCCAUCUCCCACGUCAACAGCCUGAAGCUGGAGUCGGAGUCCUCGGCCCCUGGCGAGCAGCCCAAGUUCCUGGGCAUCCUGGAGCAGCGCUUCACCGGGCUCAUGAUCUUCACCCUCAUGGGCUGCUCCGUCUUCAUGACCUCCGUGCUCAAGUUCAUCCCCAUGCCUGUGCUGUAUGGAGUAUUUCUCUACAUGGGUGCGUCAUCACUGAAAGGAAUCCAGUUCUUUGAUCGUCUUCUGCUGUUCGGGAUGCCGGCAAAGCACCAGCCGGACUUCAUCUACCUGCGGCACGUCCCCCUGAGGAAGGUGCACCUGUUCACCAUCGUCCAGCUCACCUGCCUCGUCCUGCUCUGGGUCAUCAAGACCUCCAAGGCCGCCAUCGUCUUCCCCAUGAUGGUGUUGGCACUGGUGUUUAUUCGGAAGCUGCUGGAUUUCAUCUUCACUAAGAGAGAGCUGAGUUGGUUGGACGAUCUGAUGCCAGAAAGCAAGAAGAAGAAAUUAGAGGAUGCUGAGCAAGAGGAGGAGCUGAGCAUUUUGGGGGAGGAGGAAGGAGUUGUGCAAGUGCCAUUGGAGGGACAUUACAAAGAUGAUCCUUCCACAGUAAACAUUUCAGAUGCAAUGUCGAAAUCCUCCUUUGGGAAUACGUGGAACUCUAAGAAUAAAAGCUCCCAUUCCUAACCUUUAGAAGCUGAUCCCCAAAGUGUAUCCAACAGCAGUGUGAAGAAAGCAGAGAAGCAGCGUGACGUGGAGAAGGGCUGCGACGACACGGAGACGAGUCUCUGACAUUUCCCUCCUUCACUGUGUCUCACACACGCACACACACACACACACACACACACACCAGUAUGUGGUGUCACACCUUUACCGCUCCUUUUCGUGUCCGUCCCGUAGAUCCAUUUUCUGUACAGCGCAACGGGGUCGCACAGAUUUUAGCUGUUAUGUCUGAAAAUAAUUUGUUUGACAAAUUCAAAACAACAGACACCGUCAUUCUGAUUUAUUUACUAGUGUUUAUACAUGUAACUAAGUACCAGCAGCCAGAGGGAUGUGUUGGUGGUAUAUGCUUUGUCUGUGAACCUGGAAUUGAAUGAGAAAGUCUGAAUCACAAGAAGAGACUAUUUUAAAAGCAACCUUUGUUUUCAUUGACAACCUUAUGUAUUUUGUAUGUUUUGUAUUUUUGGAAAACACAUAAAUCUCUCUGUUACCUAGACCAUGGAAUAAAUGUUGAACAAUAGAUGCUGUAGAUUUAAGCAGGAAAAGCAAUUACCUGUAGUGUUCAGAACUUAUCAUAUACACAACUACUGCCAAAACGAAGGCCCUGUGCAUGGAGCUAUUUAUGUUGUCAAACACACUUGCUGUUCAUAGAGAAAAGAGAAAUUAAUAUAUAUUUUAAAGUGUUAAUUAUGAUAUUUUCUCAGUAUUCAGAGAAGAGAUGCUAAACUCUUGUUUCUUUGUCAUGAGAUAAAUAUUUUACUGAAAAAUGGAUAGAUAUCCUCUGCACUACAUGUCAAUUCAUCUCAUGCACAUUGAAGUGGCUGCUUAUUCCUGUCUUGUAUAUAUCUUACUGAAGGACUAUCAAAGAGAUUCAUCACUUAUCACGGCACGCACAUUCCUUGACCUCAUGCCAAAGGCUAAUCUGCUUUCAUCUCGGCAUAAUUAUUUAUCACUGUCAUCAACGCACAGAACACGCUUACGUAUCCUGUAAAGUUUUGCAUAGUGGGACACAAAGCUUUCCUCAGAGAUGAUUGUACUCUCUGCCCAUUGUCAAGGUUGUGUUGCAGAAAGUCGCAUCUAACGAAUGAAUGAUUAAUCAAUAAAGGCGGAGGUUGUACUUGAAAUGUCUAGUGAGCGACAAAUUAAAGUAUAGCCAAUUUAGAAACAAAUGCAAUAGUACUUUAGAAGGGCAGAUCAAAUUAUUUCUAGAUUAUUUUUGGACGAGACAGAUUACUUUGCACAAUAAAUAUGAACCUGUAACAUGAUUUUAUUUAUGUUUUAAUAGUAAUACCCACAUACCACAUAUUAUGAACAUAAUUGAGCUUGAGUUGUAUGUGUUGUAAGUAUACGUUUUAUAGACUGACUCUUUCUUACUCUUCUCAUAAAGUUGGGCCUGGUGAUUCAUGAUUUGAUGAGGUCCUGGAAGGUAUUCCAUGUGAAGCUUAUAUUGAUACCAAUCAAUGAUACAUUUAUCUUCAGUCACUUGUGUAAUCAUUUUGAUUUGUGUCUGCCAAUAUCUGCGUUUUUAAAUAAUUUGUUUAAUUUUUUUGGUGGGGGGGAUUUAAUGAACUAGAAUCUAUUAAAUGAAAUGUAAAGUUAUUAUUCAUUUAGUCUUAAUGUUACAGUAUUUAUUAAAUGUGUAAAAUGUGGUAUGAAAUAAACUGAUGUACUGUAAUUGA